UGAAAGCAGCGCUGCCUCCUGCCAUCCACUCCUGUCUGCUGUACCUGCUUGGCUUCUUAACUUAGCAAUCAGUCACUUUUAUUCAGCAGUAACAACAUGAAUGAGUGAAAAAAUGUUGUCGUUUUGUUUCCGUCUCGCCGUGGAACUGCGUUUUGGGUGAAACAUGUGAACCGUCGGUUCGGUUUUAGUAUUUUAGCUGUUCAGCUGAGUCCAUUUUGCGUCUAACUGGAAGUGGCAAAAGACAAAGAGAAAAGAGCUUUCCAACAGCUAGAAUGGUUUGGGCCUAAAAAGAAGACAGGAGCAACAUGAACCGUGAGGACCGGAAUGUGCUACGAAUGAAAGAAAGAGAAAGGAGAAAUCAAGAAAUCCAACAGGGAGGAGAGGCCUUUCCAGCAAAUUCCCCCCUCUUCCCUGAACCCUACAAAGUGGUCAGCAAAGCAGAUCUACUGUCCAACCGUAUUCAGAGCAUGUUGGGCAAUUACGACGAGAUGAAAGAAUCGAUUGGCGAUACUCUUCCAAAACUUCCAGGAAAAGCCUCAAACAGCUCGUCUUCCUCAGAGGAGAAGUCCGGCCCGCCUUUAUUUGGCGGGGACCAGCGAGGUGUUGGUAGUGGAGGUGGUAGCCAGAGCAGUAAGUGGACUCCUGUGGGCCCAGCGGGGGGCGGAUCUUCAUCUCAGUCACAGAAACGCUCUGGACUCUCAGGGGAACACAGUAGACAGAGGAACAGCGGCAGCAGUAGCGGCAGCAGCAGUAGCCAAAGAGGGGAGAAGAAAUCCAGUAAGCACAGCGGAGGCUCAGAACACUCAAAGUCCCACACUUCUAGUCCAGCAAAGGGCUCGUUGACCUCCUCCAGCAGCCACUCGCGGAACUCAUUGACUGCUGAUCAGCAUCACCCCAAGUACCGCAACAAGUCGCCCAGAGACAGGGAGGCCAGCUGGGACUCCCCCUCCCGGGUUCACUCCUCCUUCCCCAGUGGACAGCACUCGAACCAAGCCUUCCCUCCAUCUCUGGUCUCCAAGCCCAGCUCAAUGCAGCAAAAGCCCACAGCUUACGUGCGGCCCAUGGAUGGCCAGGAAACGGCAGAACCCAAAAGCUCACAAGCUGAAAGCUACGGCGGGCAGUCGCACAGCAGCACUAUGGGAGAGGUGAAGUCCCUCGGCAAAGCUUCACUUACAAAACUUAAGAUCCCUUCACAGCCUGUGGAGGGAUCCGGUGACGCCAACUGUGUCGAUGAAAUCCUAAAGGAAAUGACUCAAUCAUGGCCUCCUCCACUUACAGCCAUCCACACUCCCUGCAAAACAGAGCCCUCCAAGUUUCCAUUCCCCACCAAGGAUGCGCACCCUUUUCCAAGUGGACACAAGCGAGGAAGUUCAUCAAAGAGCUCCAGCAGCCACCAGCCUAAAGACACACUGAAAGAAGAUUUAAUAGUAAGCAGCAGUGAUGACAGCGAUGGAGAACAAGAAUCCAAAAAUGCCUCAAGGAACACAUCAGCAAGCAAUAACAGUGAAGCUGCGGAGCCGACCAGGGAUGACUCCAGCAGCCACAGUGGCUCAGAGAGCAGCUCUGGCUCCGACAGCGAGAGCGAAAGCAGCACAACGGACAGCGAGGCCAACGACCGGCCCAGGACCGCCUCUCCUGAGCCUGAACAGCCUGUGAUCAACAAGUGGCAGCUGGACAACUGGUUCAAAGCGAAAUGUGAGAAAGAAGGCCGAGAUUACAGCUCCAAGGACUCUGCACCGCCCCUGCCUAGCAGGGAAAAGGGUGCCGAGGGCGGCCGUGGCCGACAGAAGUCCCCCGCCCAGAGCGAAGGGGGCGCAAAUCCUCGAAUAAGAUUCGGUAAAAAGCAGCCUAAAAAGACGGAGAAGCCUCCAGUGGUGGAAGAGCCCAGGGGUGGCCUUAAGGUGGAGACAGAACCCGCUCCAGAGAUACCUCCCCCCCGGCCCAUUGCUGGUACUAAAGGCUCGCGCAAACCUACCAUCAAAAAAGAACCCAAGCCCUCUCCCAGGGCAUCAUUACCCUCCGUCACCACAACUACUGACAAACGCAAGACGAAGGCGCCCACCAAGACCCCUCAGUCGCGUGAACUUCUCUCUACAGACUCUUCUUCCUCAGAUUCUGAGGGAAACGACAGCAUCCCAUCCUCUUCACAGACUCCCAAAUAUACAGAGAGCAUCAGAACUCCGGUUUGCGUUUUCUCUCCUGUGUUGUCUCCACUCAGUGACCUUGAGGAUCGCUACCCCACAAGACAACCUCAGCAGCAGGUUUUGGUCGUCAAAAUCGAUCUAAGCCUGCUGUCGAGGAUCCCGGGGCGACCCUACAAGGAGCCUGCAGAAAUUAAAGUGGAGAGAGAAGACUCCCAAGACCGAGAAAGCAUCAAGGACUUUCCCAAGCAGAGCAAGUCAAAGAGGAAACACAAGACUGACGAGGAAGGCACCAAGCCAGAGAGUAAGCGAUUCAAGCCAGACGAUAAAACUCAGUCUCCCCAUAAAACCAGCAAUAAAGAGUCAAAGAGACCCUUGGAGAAGAAAGAGGAGCCCGUACCAUCUCCUUCUAUCGCCGGUCCUCAGCGGACGCCCAAGUCCGACCAUCCGAGUCGAAAGGGGACUGCCAACCACUCAUCCACGUCGCUGUCAAGCAGCAGCGCUAGUAAGAAAGCAGGGAGCCACAGCAGCAAGGGCAGCUCCACCUCCAAACACAGGAAAGGGGAGGACAAGGGACGAAGCACACGCGAGGGCAAGGUUGAUUCUCUGCAGGAGAAAAAUUCAACUAACCAGCUGGCUGUCCCUCCUCUUUCCACGGAUGGCUCACGAUCUCAGAGAUCCAAGAUGGUGUUUGAAGACAGGGUUCAUUCAGCCGAUCACUACUUACAAGAGGCUAAGAAACUCAAGCACAAUGCAGAUGCACUGACCAACCGUUUUGAAAAGGCAGUGUACUACCUUGAUGCUGUGGUCUCAUUCAUCGAGUGCGGUAACGCUCUGGAGAAAAGCGCCCAGGAAGCCAAAUCCCCCUUCCCGAUGUACGCGGAAACAGUGGAGCUCAUCAGAUACACUAUGAAGUUAAAAAGCUACAUGGCCCCAGAUGCCACUUCAGCAGACAAGAGGCUAGCCGUGCUUUGCCUCAAAUGCCAGUCUCUUCUCUAUCUGCGGUUGUUCAAGCUGAGGAAAGACAGCGCUCUGAAAUACUCUAAAACCCUCACAGAGCAUUUGAAGAACUCUCUGAGUAACACCCAGGCUCCCUCUCCUGGAAUGGGAAAUAAAGCGGCAGGUAUGCCCUCUCCAGUGUCACCAAAACUCUCCCCAGGCCCAGCAGGGAGCUACUCGUCAGUCAGCAGCAACAGCAGUGCCAGCUCCUCUGUGACCAUACCUCAGCGUAUCCACCAGAUGGCUGCCAGCUACGUCCAGGUCACCUCCAACUUCCUGUACGCCACAGAGAUCUGGGAUCAGGCGGAGCAAGUUGCCAAGGAGCAGAAAGAGUUUUUCUCUGAGCUGGACAAGGUGAUGGGACCUCUGAUCUUCAACACCAGCAGCAUGACGGAGCUGGUGCGUUACACUCGGCAGGGUCUCCACUGGCUGCGACUGGACGCUAACCUUAGCCACUAGCCAAGACUUGUUUGCUGCAAGCUGCUCCCUCAAACACACAUAAACACUCACACCUCAGCUUUUAAGAUUCCGAAGCCUGUUCUCAAAGACGCGUCACACGAAUCAUGCCGUACUUAGACACAGACACCAACACAGCCCACCUACGGACCUCCAUGUAAUCUCACACGCGGUUCACCUCUGAGACAUGAUUCCAACACUGUGUUCAUUUCUCUGCACCAGCUUGCCAAAAAUACAAAGUGAACAAUUUGGAACAUCUUGCAGCUUCAAUGGCACUGCAUUCAAACUCCUAAGAGCUUAUCGCCUCGCUUGACAUUUCAGCUUUCCAAGGAGAUUCUUCAAGGCCCUGUUUUUAUCUCUUCUGCAUAAAAGCGCUGUGGGGGUUAUUUCUUAUGAGUACACUAAACCUGGGAUUAUUUUUUUGGCUACUUUGACUUUUAACUUCUUUUUUUUUUAACCUAAUUUCACCAAAGUACCUCCUAAAAACACCAAAGGUGCUUUAAAAUGACGGUUUCUCUUUAUCAUUUUUGUGCCUUUUUAAAUGAGCUACGGGAAAACUAACCAAUAAGUUCAGAAUAUUUUUGGUUCUAAUUGUUUGCUCACUUGUUGGCAUUUAGUUUUUUUUUUUUACAUGUUAAUUAUCCCUUGUUUUUAAAAACAAAUGUAAAAAUAAAACCGAUAGUAAAAGCAAGAUCUCUGCUCCAUGGAGGGGAGUCUAGGAAAGGUUCUGACAGAUUCUAAGAAUAAUCGAAUGAAUUAAAUUUUAAAACAUUUUAUUUCAAAGCUUUUUGUUUUUAGAAUAACAGAUUUCAAGUCAAGCAAAUGAAAUAUGUCAGAAAUGUUAUUAGAAUGCAGAAGAGGGUUCCUUUAAAUUUAUUUUAACAGGAAAACUUUUUACCAUUUUUAAAUCUCUGCUCCUGAAGAGACGUUUAUCACAGCAUUGUUCAGAAACCUUCUAAAAAGGGUCGCUCCCACAAAGUAUUAUUCCCUUUUUUUUUUUUUUUUCCAAUUCCAUGGCUAACUGUAGUUUUCUAAGGAACAGCAGGGAUUCUUAUAAGUAUUGCAGAUUGUGUCCACACAUACAAUGCAAAUGCAGUUAUUUAUUUUAUAGUUGUUCAAACAAACCGAGAUUUUUCUGAUUCAUUAGGACUAAAACAAAUUAACUAUAAAAAUGAGGAUGUUUUUUUUCUCAUAGUGGGGAGAAAAAAAACUAUUCAUUGAGAUUAGCAGUGUUGUAUUUAUGUGUUUAAAGAUUUUGUAUAUCUGAUAAGAAAUAUAAUGACCACUACAGAUUCUAUUUAUAUGCCAAGCUGAUGACUAGUCUUGAAAAGCUAGCGCAAAAUGCAAGAUUCAGUAGGGGUUUAGUAGAGAAAUAUGUGUUUGUAUUGUUGUUGUGCUUAAACAAUGACAUUUUAAAAAUCAAAUCAUGCUUUUCUUUGAAAAAUAUACAGCAGGCGGAGAGUAAACAUAGAUGUUUGCUUACCAGAUAUGCUAAUAAUAUAACUAGAGAUGCACCGAUCCAGUCGAUUCCUGUUUUCUAUUAUAUCUUAACAGCGUAUUCCGGUUUUGUUUUGUUUUUUUUCUUCUAAAGAGCAUAAAACUGAAAACAGUUUUUUUUGCAGAUUCUUUGACUUUAGUAGUAUUUAGAAAUCCACGCAUCAAACCACUGAUCCUAAACAUUUAUCUUUUUAAUGUUGAAUUAAUAAAAAAAAAAGAAAAAUCAUGAAAGUUUAACGCUAAAUGCACUAGUGGGCAUUUUCAGAUUAGAAUAAAAAAUAAAUAAAUAAAAAUAAAUUAGGCUUUUCUCUAUUGGAGCUGCAGUUUGAUCACUGACUGAUCGAUCGGUGCAUCUAUAGUUAGAAUGAUCCUUUGUGAUCAGAUCAGCCAUUGCCACUCAUUUCUAUUUUUUCUCCUAAGUAAACAUGCUGGAAAACCCAGGCUUGGGCCAAAUAGUGCUUCUGCUAAUAUUAUUGUUUAUUAUAAGAUAAGUGCCAGACAGUUCCGGAUAUGUAUUUAACAUUACUUUUACUAUCAUCUCUUCAUUAAAAGCUACGUUGUGCUCACCGUUUGGCCCAGCUUGAAACAUUUCUCCUUUUUUUUUUUCUGUUUUUCCAUUGGCUCCCUGGACUUAUUAUCGCUAGAGGGAACACUGUUAGUUUCUCUUCCUGUUAAGGAGGAGAAAAUCAGAAGAGGUAGUAUUUUUUUGAUCUAUGCAGGAUUUCUACAAAAACAAAUAAAAAAAAAUUUCUUUCAAGGGGUUAUAGAAACUUAUUUUUAAUCUUAGGGGUUUUCUUCUUUCCACCUCAGUGAGAAACCUGUUGAACUCAAGCGGCCAAUGCCUUUAGCUUUUGCAAUUUUCUGUAAUGGUGUAUUAUACUUGUGUACAGAGUUAUUUUUUUUAUAACAAAACACAAAAGCUGGAGUCAUAUUUUUUCCUCUGUGGGUCUCUCUGACCCUGAUCACUGUCUUCAUACACUGGUACACCUUCGCCCCCUACGUUCUCUUGUUAAAUGUAAAAAAAAAAAA